CGCUUACGUCCAGGCGUGAGGGCAGUCUCGCGUGAUGAGACUGUGGCGCCGGGAUUUUGUGAAAGACAGGCGGCAAAGCGCUUGCAGUGAACGGCUUUGCGGAAGGUAAGAUGCCAGCUAUAAAGAAGAACAUGCGAUAUGGCCAUCCAGAGGGUCAUACAGAUGUAUGUUUUGCUGAAAGUGGAAACUUUUUAGUAACUUGCGGCAGUGAUGGAGACAUACGGAUUUGGGAAAGUUUAGAUGAUGAUGAUCCCAAGUCAAUUAGUAUUGGUGAAAAGGCUUAUUCAUUUGCUUUGAAAAAUGGAAAAGUAGUUACAGCUGCUUCUAACAAUGCAAUUCAGUUGCAUACAUUUCCGGAUGGAGAACCAGAUGGAAUUCUGACCCGUUUUACAACCAAUGCUAAUCAUGUUGUUUUCAACAAUGAUGGCACCAAAAUAGCUGCAGGUUCUGGGGAUUUCUUGGUAAAGGUAUUGCAGGUGGAGGACAGCAGUCAGCAGAAAACUUUCCGAGGACACGGGGCACCUGUAUUAAGCGUUUCAUUCGACCCAAAGGAUAUCUACAUAGCAUCUGCAAGUUGUGAUGGAUCAGUCAGGAUCUGGAAGAUCACAGAUCAGACCUGUGAAGCAGUCCUGCCUCUAUUAGAGAAGUGCAAUGAUGUCUUUAGCGCAAAGUCUAUAUGUCGUCUAGCUUGGCAAACCAAAAGUGGAAAGUUUCUUGCUAUUCCUGUUGGAAAAACAGUUCACCUUUAUGAGAGAGACAGUUUAAAGAAUAGCUGUACCUUGUCAGAUGACUUUAUAACACAGCCCGUCAACAUUGUGGCUUGGUCUCCAUGUGCACAAUACCUGGUGGCUGGAAGUGUGGAUGGUUGUAUUGUGGCCUGGAAUGUAGCAACCAAAGCAUGUUUGGAAAGAAUUAAACAUGAAAAAGGUUACACGAUUUGUGGUCUUGCCUGGCAUCCACAUAUGUCACAGGUUGCCUAUACAGACAAUGAAGGGAACCUUGGGCUGCUGGAAGAUGUCUGUCAAGGAGAGGGAAAACAGCCCAGUGCCAAAAUUUCGAGUUCGGAUACCAAAGAUUAUGAUGAACUCUUUGAUGGUGAUGGUGAUGAUGAAGAUUUUCUUAAUGGAGACAUGAUUGGUCAUGAAGGAGCCAUAAAUGAUGAAGAUGAUGAUAAUUUCACAGCCUUAACUGGGCGCCAGCGAAACCGAGGAGCACUAUUUGAUGAUGAUGAUAACUCAUCAGAUGUUCCUUCUCUAAAACCCACUGGUAAUGAAAAUCCAGAAGUGGAGGAUGAUCAAACCAGUAGUGUACAAAACUUUACAUCAGUUGCUUCAGUGAAGUCUUCUUAUAAUGGCCCAAUGCCCACACUUCAACAAAAGCCUUUCCAGUCUGGCUCUACCCCUGUACACCUUAUGCACAGAUUCAUGGUUUGGAACUCUGUUGGUGUUAUCCGAUGUUAUAAUGAUGAACAAGAUAAUGCAAUUGAUGUGGAAUUUCAUGACACUUCCAUACAUCAUGCCAUUCACCUGACAAACACACUAAACCAUACCUUAGCUGAUGUCUCUCAGGAAGCAGUACUCCUUGCUUGUGAGAGCACAGAGGAACUAGCCAGCAAACUGCAGUGUUUGCACUUCAGCUCCUGGGACACUAGUAAGGAGUGGAUUGUGGACAUGCCAAAGGGUGAAAACAUUCAAGCCAUUUGCCUUGGACAAGGUUGGGUGGCGUGUGCUACAAAUGCACUCUUACUUCGUAUAUUCUCAGUCGGAGGAGUUCAGAAGGAGAUGCUCAGUCUUUUUGGCCCUGUUGUCUGCAUGGCAGGUCAUGGUGAUCAGCUGAUUGUCGUUUAUCAAAGAGGUAUGGGAUUUGAUGGAGAUCAGUGCCUUGGAGUCCAGUUAUUGGAGAUGGGUAAAAAAAAGAAACAGGUCUUGCAUGGAGAUCCACUUCCUCUCUCUCGGAAAAGUUAUCUCUCGUGGCUUGGGUUCACUGCAGAAGGUACCCCGUGUUACAUGGAUUCAGAGGGCAUAGUUCGGUUGCUGAACCGAAGCCUCGGAGACACAUGGAUCCCUGUAUGUAACACCCGGGAGCAUUGUAAGGGAAAAUCAGAUCAUUAUUGGGUUGUUGGUAUCCAUGAGAACCCUCAGCAGCUGAGGUGUAUUCCAUGUAAAGGGUCAAGAUUCCCCCCAACACUGCCUCGUCCAGCAGUAGCAGUCCUGCCCUUCAACCUUCCGUACUGUCAAAUCACAACCGAAAAGGGGCAAAUGGAGGAACAAUACUGGCGCUCUCAGAUAUUUACAAAUCACUUAGAUUAUUUGUCUAAACAUGGCUAUGAAUGUGAUGAAAAUGUUAAAUCUGAAGCACAGAAAAUGCAGCAGGAGUUGCUAAUGAAGAUGUUUGCUCUAUCUUGCAAACUAGAGCGUGAAUUCCGGUGCAUGGAGCUGGCUGAGUUCAUGACUCAACCUGUGAUGAGCCUGGCUAUAAAGUAUGCCUCGCGCUCCAAAAGACUAAUACUGGCCCAACGGCUCAGUGAAAUGGCUCAAGAGAAGGCAGCUGAACUGGCAUCUGCAGAACAACAGGAUGAUGCAGAAGACGAAGAUUUUCGACGUAGACUUAAUGCUGGUUACAGCAGAACAGCAACAGAAUGGGGUGAUUCAAGAGCAAAACCAGUUAAACAAGACCAGUGUGAGGAAAAUAAUGAGGAAGAGGAGGAGGAAGAAGAGGAAACAGAGCAAGAGGAAGCACUAGAAAGCAAUACCUCUGCAACAAAUCCCUUCAACAAAAGUGCAAAAUCGCCAGAUAUUUCCAAGUCAGGUGCAAUUCUGUCCAGCAACCAAGGCAGAGUUAAUCCUUUCAAGGUUUCUGCUAGUCAGAAAAGCCCUGCAAUUGCUGGCAGCUCUUCCCGUUCUACUAGUAUCUUGGAUAACAUGGGCAAAUUUUCAAGGAAGCCAUCAUCUAGUGGAAGUCCAUCCACUACCAAAACCGACUCUCUUGUUAUAAAACCUCUGGCUCCAAAAGCCAAACCCAGACAGGGCCAAGCAACUUUGUUUCAAAGUGUCCAAGCUAAACCUGCUGCAAAAAAAACAGAAGAAAAAAUAACUGUUCCCACACCACCCAAAGCUGCUGCCGACAUUACAGAAAACAAAAAGCCCAAAACCGGUUUUCAACUUUGGCUGGAUGAGAAUCGACAAAGUAUCUUGUCUGAAAAUUCAAUGCUUGAAGAGUCUGAAAUAAUUAAAGAAGGCAUGAGUCGGUUUCGAAUGCUUGCUCCUGAAGAGAGAAUGCUGUGGACCGAGAAAGCCAAAGGUGACCCCUCUGGAGAAGAUGGUGCUGAUGCAAAGAAGAGGAAACGCCAAGAACAAGAGAACUUGGCAUCAAAUGGUUGUCACCAGGAAAACACAGAUAGCAUUGUUGCUGCAGCAAAGAAACACAAACCAGUAGGCCAGUCAGCGAAUAACAAAUUGUCCGCAUUUGCCUUUAAAAAGGAUUAAUCCUGUUGUAAGUUUGGUUACUAAGUAUUUAGCUAUUUCUGUUGAGCAGUUCUUAAGUUCAUUAUUAUAUUAUGGGGUUGU